UCCCCCAAAAUUUCUCCAUUUUACACUCCCACUCCCACAAAAACCCAUUCAUCUUCUCGUCUUCCACUCUCUCUCUUUUUUUUUUCUCUCUCUCUCUACGGAAAUGGUAAUGCUCCGCCAAAGGACAAUGGUCGCGACCGGAGAACCCGAGCCGGCGUUGGAAAAAGAAGGACUCUGCGGCGACGACUUGACGAUUCUGGUGGACGAUUCAUCCACCGACUCAGCAGUGAAGCACCUGCGUGGACGCUGGGAACUUGCUUCUGUUCUAAAUUUCUUGAAUGUCUUUGGACCACUCGUCUCGGAAAAAUUGAAGUUAACAGCUGAAGAAAUUGAGACGGGUCUUAUCGAUUCCAACGCCACAAAUGCUCAGCUUCACAUCGCACUUUUGAAGGGGAUACUACCGAUAGGUAAAUCGCUUGACCAGGGAGAUGCAUGGAUCACGGUGUUGUGUAAGAAACUAACUCCAUGGUGGCCAUUGAUUGCUGAGGGUGAAAUUCCUGUAACCGCUAACAAAGGGGAGGAAAUAGUUGAAUACAAAGGACUUGACCCUACUAAUCGCCUGCAGCUUCUUAAAGCACUUUGUGAGCUUCGAGUCCAACAAGAUGAUGCUCGUACGUUUAUUCAAGAGAAUGCCAAGCAAGGAGCUUUGGAUUCAGGUUUCCAGAAAAGGAAGUUUGGAGGAGAUGGAAAGAAGAUUUCUUACUGGUUUGAUGGUAAUGACAUCCAGGGGUACAGAUUAUAUAGGGAAGUCAAUGACUUCUCGAAGAGCGCUAAAGCAAGGAAGAAUGCAUGCUCAGAUAUAUCUAGUUUCUGCUGGGAAACUGAUGCAACCAAUCUAGAUGAAUUUCAACGAGUCGCUAGAGAGUUAUCAUCAUGCAAAGCUUCUUCUUUGGCUGCUAUCGGCCAGAUGAUCGAGACAGAUGCUAUACCCGUUGUUGAGAAAUACCAUAAAAAGAAAGAAAGGGCCAUCAAAAAGAAAAUGAAGCAAGAGAUGGCCAUUAGUGUCAAUUUCUCACGUCCUAUGCGCAUUACCCGUUCUUGUCGUAACCGCAUGCCCGCUACUUACACCUUUGACGAGUAUGAAAAAAUGAUCAGUGAGGCUGUGAAGGAUGCAGAGGAAAUGGAUCGAGAAGAUGAGGAAGGAAAGGAGCAACAAAGUGCGUCAUUGGUGGUUACAAACGAUAAUUCUGAAGGCAACAACAAGAUGAAGUCAACAGAGGAAGUAGCACCUGAAAGCGACAAUGAUGAUGUAAAAGAGAUGGAGAAAUGCAAGGAAGACUCAGAGGGAAAGAGAGAGUUCAGUGUCAAAAACAGGCUGAGACAGAGACUAACGAGGAACUCAGCUCUCUGAGUUUAAUCGUCAAGGUUGUUGGAAAAAUGGUAAAAGCUUUUGGGUGACACGACAUCGUUUUGUCUAUUUUGGAUGUUGGUGGAGAGACCAUGCUAUUGAUUAGUCAGAGGGGUUAGGACUUGGAAAUGCUUUUUUUUUCUUUUUUAAAUUAUAUGAUGAUGUACUACAUUCUCAACAGUGUAG